ACAAUUGAAAGCAAACACCAUCGCCUGCCAACGUUUGUUUUCAAACGCGCUCAGCCGCACCGCAAAUGAACGUUUGAGCCGAAAUCGUCACGGACACUCUCGUUUGAAUCAUCCUCUCAGUUCGAACACAGAAAGCAACAAACAGCAAGCAGACACAAGCAAGAGCAGUGUGAGCCAAUCAAGUUCAUUCUUGACAUUUCGAAACUCAGCCAGCUUAUUCGGAAUUGGCGUUUAGUGCAAAACAGUCGAUUAAAAUGUGCAGAUCGGUACGCGUUGGGUGAUUGCAGAGUGCGCUAUUUCAUAUUUAUAUUGGUUUAGAGCGCACUUGUGCGACCAAAAGUGUGUUGGUGGUGUUGUCAGCUGUGCGAAGCGGUGAACGAACAAAACAAAACACCGGAGAUUUGUCGGGAACUUAUACGAAAUGAUAGCAAACAAAAACUAUAAGUUUCUCUCGUACCUCUUCGGAUGUUUCCACAUUUUCAUCAUCUUGACAAUAUUGAGCCAAGGCGCCGUUGAAAUCGUAACAAACUGGAAAGCAGCCAUAUAUAUCGUCAUACCAUGUGCCGUGAAUGUUCUAUUUGCAUUAUCUUGGAUGAUAGGAGCGGGUCUGCAAAGACCUGCGAUGAUCAGAUGGUUCCAAUAUUUCUGUGGUGUACAACUGGUAGUGAUAGCCGCCCUCACAAUGUGGUACGCCAUACGAUGUUAUACGAACGCAGAGGAACCUCGAAUACAUCUCAUGACAUUCGUCGUAUUGUCGCUAUUUCUGCACUCAACCAUCGAACUGAUAGUGGCAAUCGGAGCACACCGCGCGGUUGUUCAGGAGCAAUCGCGAACCCGAAUGCAAGCCUACGGAAUGCCCGCGUUGACUGAAGACUACUAGAAGUGACCUUAGCAUGCGCUAUAUGCUAUAUUAUGUAAAUAAUAGUUGUUGCUUACGGCCGAAACAGGUCAGCUUCGACGAAGAACCGAUUACCCAAAGUGCUAUUAGAAGAACUGAACUGUGACAAGCUUUAAACCGAUUUAUUUUUGACUGCUAUUAAAUGUGAAAAACUGUGCUCAAGUUAGAAAAAUGGAAA